ACAUGGCGAAGCGUCUGUCCGAACGGGAGUUGCCAUGAACUCGGUGCCAAGGAAGGAUGGUGUCUGUCUCGUAGGCGAGGAUGAGCCCGACACAGAACCAGCUCGCAGAGGCUCUAGCUCAGGUGGCGAACCAGGAUGGCAAGGGCGUGCGGGCGGCAGCAGCUGGAGAUAGUGAGGCCUCGGACAAGGACGCGGAGGCCGAGCGGUGCGCCCUCCACCUCGUCUGGGCGAACCGCUACGACGUCGAGCUCCGGAGACUCCGGGCGGAGAUCAAGAGGCAGAAGUACCUCCUGAAGCUGCUGAGCGCCGAUAAGUCGAGCAUGUUCACGUCGAGCUUCGUGUCCUUGGUCGAGUACGAGCAGCGGAUGCAGGAGGGCUGCGCCUACGACUGCUCCUUCGACGCCGACGGGGUGCGAGGUCCCGAGCCCGCGUCGGGGGGCGACGACCCUGCGCGCUCGCGGGCGUCCAGCGGGAGCUGCGUCGAGGAACUCCACUGCAGCUUCCCCUCCAUGGACAGCGGGGUGUUCCUGCCCUUCGACGACGGCGAGGCGCAGCGCGCGAGGCCUCAGCUCCUCCUCCUGGAUCAGCUGGAGGGCCUGAUGAGCCAGCCGCGGGAGGAGCUGACGGAGAGCGUGGAGGACGGCCUGCUGCAGGAGUGCCUCUUCCCCAGCUGCGAGAGCCUCGUCGAGUGCGACAAGGAGGCGCCUUCCCGCCGCUCGGACUUCGGACGAGUGCGAAGUGACGUGCGAAAUCGCGAAAGUGAGUUGCAGCGAGUUGUGUGCACGUGACUCCCCGUCGCCACGUUGCAAGGGCGGUUCGGUAGAGAGUUUACACGUGGAAGAAAUUCAGCGCGGAAGGACGUGCGGUGGAAGUGAGGGCGAAAGUACUGCUGUGGAGGAAAACCGUUCAGUGCAAUCCUUGCCGGAGGAAAACUGU